GUGCGACUUGCGCCUGAGGUCUCUGGCAGUCGAUCGGCUCGCCCGAUCAUCCACCACGUGUCCUACCUCCGUCCCCUUCCUCCUUCUCCAUCUUCGCAUUCACCCGAUUCUUCCUCCACUGCGGGGGAAGGCGACGACCACCUCUCUCCUAUCUCUCCGUCUCCUUCCUGAUCUUUCUUUAUUACCCCGUCACCAUCGCCAUGAGCUUUGCAACAGAGCAAGUGAUUGGCGCGCGGCUUCUUACUCCGCGGGGGCGAAUCAGUGUCAUACGGCAGGUGCAGCGGCCCCAUCUCUACUUUGAUUUCCUCUGGUUUGCAGCUUUCUUCAGCACGGUGGCGAUCUACGUGGCGGCAGAGUUCCGAUUCACGGAAGAAGUAACUACUCGUGUUCUGGCCGAGAUCUCGGCCUUCCGACGGCUAUCCCCUCCCGGGAUUAGCCAUAUCGUUGUCGUCGUCGUCUUUACAGGAGAUAUAACAGCAAUUCCGCCAGCGAUUCACUCUGACAUCUAUCAGACGUUGCGUGCUUGGGCUAAGGAAUGCGCCACUAUUGAGCGAGGAGAAGUGGGACACGUGGUGGGAGGACUAUAUCGAGCUCGCUUUCUGCCUAUUGGAGAUAGAGUUCCGCUGGUAAGAAGCGGCCCCGUUCGGACAAGGACCAGAGCACUCAGAGGACAGCAUGGAGUUUCUGAUCAUCCAAGCCCGGAGAACGGCGGAGCAGGGCGAUCAGCUGGGAUUCGUAUUCUGACUCAGCUGGUGGACGAUCUGCCCCUGGACAUCUUGUCACACAUUGACAAGCAGCCUGGCACCCACGUGCUGUCCCGAAUGAUAGAGCCGCACCUUGUGUGGUCCACGUGUACGGAGAUUGACGAGGACAACUGUCUCUACCCCUCCCAAGCGCUUUACUUGGAGAUCGACGUUACCGAUCUCACAUUUUGGGACCAGAUCGCAAGGAGAAAUGCGGCGCAGGACGAGGAGAUAGGGGAAGAAGAGGAAGAGGAGAAAGAAGAGGAGCCAUCAGGUGAAGAACGGGACGAUCCAGACUACGUACCCGAAAGAGAAGCGGGGAUAAUUGACGGAUCGAGCCAGCCGCGGGAAAAGAACGAAGAGGAGGAAGAGGUAGAACCAGACGAGGAAGAAGAAGAGGAAAACGAGCAAGCGGAGUCGAAGUACGAAGGAUUCGAGGCCGGGGUGCGCGACGCGGCUCGAGAACGAGCGCAAGAGCAGAGGAAACCGAAGCGCCAGGAGACCGCGGAGGGAAAGCGACCCAACUCCUGUCGAUCCGUCGAUCGGGCACCCGUGGCGUGACCCGGAGCCGCCAGAAGAAGA